AUGUCACUGUCACCAGAAUUGUUGAAAGAAGUAAAAAUGCCGACGCUAUCUCCUGAGAUCAAAUGUGAGACUUCGAAUGUCACCAGAAAUUCCUUUGACAGUUAUUUUCUUUUUGAGAAUAGUUGGAGGAAAGCAGUUUUAGAAACAGAAAAAUUGAGGAACGAAUACACCAGAGCAUUUGGUCUAGAAGAGCUCAGAGAACAUGUCAAAAUGCCGUAUUUGCCAGGACUGCAAAGUUGCCCAAAGAGUGUGAGUUCAUCUCCACCACAGGUUCCUAGCAGGCGGCGGUGCGCUGACGCCCAGAUGCCUCCGGUCAGGAUAAAGAAGACUAAGGAGCCCUGCACUGUGGUACCGCUUCAGGAGAGAGCAAAAGGUUCUGGCUUCAGCGAUCCCCUCGCUGGAGCCCCAUCUCAGUACUUACAGAGACUUUCCAAAAUGGCCAUGCUGGAGUGCGACACCAUGCGUCAGGAGACGGCCAGGAAGUCCAGGAAGGGUAAGAAGCAAGAGCUGCGAGACUGCUGGUGA